CAAGCAUAUUUUUCUUCGCAACGGUCGUGAAUAAGCUCUAAUAACUUUACUGUCAUCGUCUUUACUGAAACUAACAAACAAUGCCUGCAAUUCCGGUCCUGCGCUCGCCCAAGAUCAUCGUCAUGUCAGAUUUCGACGGCACGAUCGCACUGGACGAUACGGGCAACGUAAUCUGCGACUACUGCAUCAGCACCAAGCGGCGGGAAGCAAUCGACUCCCAGUAUUUGUCGGGCAAGAUCACCUGGCGGCAACGGCAAGAGCAGUGCUGGAACCCGAUCAAAAUGCCAUGGAUCCAAGCAGUCUCCCUGCUGAAGGACUGCCGGGUCGACCCGUAUUUUUCGCAAGUGAUCUCUUGGUGUGCAGAGCACAAUGUGCCGUUUGGCGUGGUGAGCGCCGGCAUGCAAAAUCUGAUCCAAUUGGUGUUUAAGCGCAACCUGACGCAGCAGGAGUUGUCGUACCUAGAGGUGUUUUCGAAUACGGCAGAGAUUGGCAAGAACGACAAGUGGACGGUGACGUUCGCUGAUGACAGUGAUUUGGGGCACGACAAGGCAAGGACUAUCGAGAAGGUCAAGGAACGGUACCAGGUCACGCCCAAGGUGGUUUAUUUGGGCGACGGCGUGUCGGAUGUGGCCAGUGCGAAGCGCGCCGACUACUUGUUUGCCAGGCGCGGACUCGACCUGGACAAGUGGUGCAUCGAGAAUAACGUCGCACACGAGGCGUUCGAUGAUUUCGCGUACGUGGCGAAGCGUCUGGAGGAGAUCAACCAGGAGCUGUAAAAGGAAUAAUAAUACAC